AUGGCGGACGAGGGCAGAGAGCUUGACCCCGCUGCUCUGGCACAGGCCCUUGGAGAGGACAUGGGAGUCAUUGGGGAUGAGAUCCUGGUGGAUGGCAACCGCACCUUCGAUGAGAUCAUGCGGUGGCGCCGGAACGCACCUUUGCUUUACGAUAUCUUCUUGGAGUUCGGCAUGCAGAGCCCUGCUCUUUCCGUGCGGUGGCUUGCUGAUGAGGCGGAUGAGGAAUGUACCCGUUUGGCCUUUGGCACACAAGCCACAAACGGAGAAAGUGGCUCCCAGUCCCAAAUCGUCGUCGCGGAGUUGACAUGUGUAGCAGACAGUGAGCUCGCAAGUGACCCGUGGAGGAGCUGGGGUGUGGAAGGCCUCCGUGACUCCUGCGGCUUCGGUGCGAGGCCCCUCCACAAUGAGGGUAAUGAGGCGCCCCUGCGACUUUUGACCCGCAUGGCUCACGACUCCGAUGUGAAUCGCCUUGUGUCCUGCCCUUCCAAGCCACAGUUGCUGGCUGCCAAGGGCUCCUCGGGUGUGGUGACCCUCUUUGACUACAAGAGGUCCGAAGAAGGCAAGGAGAGAAUGGGAGUGAAGCUGGGAAGCUUUCAGUACUCUGCUGAGGCAGUGGAUGGCUUCGCAUUGGCCUGGAGCCCUUUGUCUGCCUCAUGGCUGGCGACCGGUGGGAACGACGGGUCCCUGUCCUUCUGGGACACCGAAGCACCGGGCAAAUCAGCAAAGCCUCUGUUUGAUACCGUGGCGCAUGAUGGCCCCCUCAACGACCUGAGCUUCUCGAAGCAUAGCCCACAGCUGACGACGGUUGGGGAGGACUGUGGUAUUGCCAUCUGGGACGUGAGGGAGGCCUUGUCCAAGUCGCAGCUGCUGGCAGCGGGGGCAGAGUGCUUGACCGUCGACUGGAGCCCCAGUGACCAGCAUUUGCUGGCCACUGGUGGUAAGGACGCGAUGGUGAACAUCUGGGACCUCAGGGCUUUCAAGCUGCCGAUGAGGACGCUCCCAGGCCACAAGGGCGAGGUGCUCCAGAUCCAGUGGUGCCCUGCCGUCGGGGCCAAGUUUGCAGAGAUCUCGGCCAGCAAUUUGCUCGCCACCUGCUCCCAGGAUGGCGAUGCCAUCAUCUGGAACCUCGCACCCCGGCCGUGUGAUGUGGGCGACGAGGGCGACGAGGAUGACCAGGCACCGGAGGUCUGCUUCAUCCACUCAGGCCACCGGCAGGGGAUGCUGGACUUUGAUUGGACCUCCAUGGAGGACCUCCUUAUGUGCUCGGUGGGUGAGGACUGUACCCUCCAGGUCUGGAAGCCAUCCCUUUCCGUUUUGGAAGAGGACGAGGAGCCUGAGGCCGAAGAGACAGAGGCUGAGAGGGCCGCCAAGCGCAGUCGCGUGGACUGA